UCACCGUUCCUUUGGCACUUUUGUGUCGGAGUUGUCGACUCAAUAAAACAACACCUCUACGACCUUUCAUACAUCUUCACUAUAUAUAUAUCGAUAUUAAUUUGUUAUAUAUUUUACAGAAGAAUGGUGCACGGUGGGUACGGUAAGCGGAGAGUCUCCGAGAGGAGCAGCCGCCGCCCCAAAUCACUCGGCCCCGAGAAGAAGUCCAAACCUAAGUCCAAGGCUGUCUCUCUCAAGAACCAAAUUCGAUCCGUCGAGCGCAUGCUCCGCAAAGAUCUGCCCCUGGAAGUUAGAGAGGCUCAAGAAAAAAAGUUAGAAGAUUUCAAGAAACAGCAAGAGAUUCACAAUCGUCUAGCUGUGGAGCGCAAAAUAUUCCUUAGAAACAGAAAGAUCAAGUUUUUUGACAGAAGAAAGAUUGAAAGACGAAUAAGAAGGUUGGAAAAACAGCAGCGCACUUCUUCUGGUCAGGCUCAGGAAACGCAGAUUGCUGAGCAACUUGCUAAACUGAAGGAAGACCUUGAAUAUGUUAGGUUCUUUCCUAAAACUGAGAAAUAUGUAUCCUUGUUCACUGGAGGUGAUGAUGAAGGGAUUAUUGAAAAACGAACUGAACUGCGCAAACAGAUUAAGGCCAACUUAGUUGCUGCCGCUGCUAGUGGCAAGGAUUUGGAAGAGACAGGGAGUGAAGAUGAUGGGAUUCUAGAUCUAAGUGAUGAUGAUUUCUUUGUGAGUGGAAGCUCAAGUGAUGAAGCUGAUGCUGAUGAUGAAUGGACUGAUAAAAGUACAAGGGAGCAGGCUUCUAGUGCCUCAGGUAAAGCUGCGUCAGGCAUGUCAAGUGAUGAAAGGAAUCAGAAGCAGAUUUCUGCUCGUGCUCUAAUGCCUCCUCCUCGGCCAUCUAGCAAAUCCUUCUCUAGUUCACUCCAUAACAAAUCGAGGUUUGGAGGAUCUUCAAGUAAGAAAUCAUCCUACCGAGGGCGUGAAGUGUCAUCAUCCAGCAACACAUCAGAUAGCAUCAAUAGGUCUUCCUUCAGAAAAGGACAUUCCUUGGAUUCACUUGCAGGCAACAGUGGGAAUCAAAGUUCAAAUUCUGAUGCACACAAACCGCGAAGAAAGAGGAGGCCAAAAAAGAAAAAGCAACAGACAUGAAUGAAGUUCACAUUUGCAUCAAGUACAAGGCUGCAGGAUGUCUGUACAAGAUUUUGAGAGCUCAAUUCUAACCAAAGCAUUCAUUGUUUUACCCAAUUCCUCUAUCUGAUGAUAACGAAUCUCAUCUCCCCCACCCCCCCACCCCUCCUCUUUUUUAAUCAUUUUGAGGAUUACUUUAAUUCGUUUGUACUAUUAUUGCAGAAGAGGAUUCCAUGUUUGUUGGAGUUAUUCUACAUUAGUCA